GGGCUCGGGCCGUUCCCGGCUGCACCGGCGCGUGCGCGUGGCCAGGGGCGGGACGGCCGCGCCCUCAGCCGGGAGCCGCCAUGUCCGUGGCGUUCGUGCCCGAGCGGCUGCGCGGGUCGGCGCAGGUGAACCAGGACACGCUGCAGCGGCUGCUGGAGGAGAACGACCAGCUGAUCCGGUGCAUCGUGGAGUACCAGAACAAGGGCCGCGCCACCGACUGCGUGCAGUACCAGCAAAUCCUGCACAGAAACCUCAUUUAUUUAGCUACAAUUGCUGAUGCCACUCCACCCAGGACACAGAAGCCUGUAGACUGACAGCAAUACCUGGACGUGAGCAGUGCUGCUUUCAGAGGCUGUAGAAAUAGUUUAGAGUCCCAUUUUGAAAACCAAGAAGGUGUGGGUUUGAAAAAAACAGGUAAAAAAUGAUCUGUACUUCUGUGUUUAAAAUGUGAAUGUAGUUUUCAGUGUAGAAUUAGGCCAGCUUUUCCCCUGUUACUGUAACUAACACAGCUUAAGAAUGAUAAUUAUCACAUUCCCCUCUGAAAAACUCAAUUCAGUGUACUUCUGGGAAUAGCCUGGUUGUCAAGACAGCACUAUGGGAAGCAGAGCCCAUUUCAUGAGUAAGAUUUUAUAAGGCGGCAAAUGUUACUCUAGGUGACUUCUGUCUCCAACAUGACAAAGUUGUGCAUGUUCCAUAUAUAAAAGCAGUAGACUUUUGUAUCCUGUAUCAGAACAAUUGUGCUAAAUAAACUAAAGAUGUUCUUUGUAA